GUUAAACAACCUCGCUACCCAAUUUGUCAUGGUUUCGCAUUUGACGGAACAUCCCUUCUCCGUUUCUAGACUGCUUAAUAAUGCAGGAAAAUCGUCAUUUAAGAUUCACGUACCUCAUUCUCCGUCUGUUUCUGCAACGCAGCAACCAUUAAUAUACAUCGUCAAUGAAAUUGCGCAAAACCAUACAUCCGUUUUGAAUUCUGAUGAGUUUGGCAGCACGACGCAGGAUCUAGGUACCACAAGACUCGCCCAACAUCCAAAGAACAGUUGCAAAACGAGCUGCAAGCCCGGGAAGCUACCGACGAAAAGUGUGAAGGUUAGCGACAAUGUGGCGGCAACCUCCGCUACAGCGCACAAGCUUGGAAAAACCGUUGAGCACAAGACACCAGUUUCCAAUGAAUGCGUGCGUAAAACUGGAAUUCAGCCAGAAGUGGAAGUAGGAUUGGUGUUACCCAAAUACAUACCGGCGAAACUUGACCUCAGAUUUCGAAAACACUAUCACCAGCCCCCUUCCUUGUCGGCGGUGACCAAGUCCUCAGCAUGGGAGCGACAACCUGAACAGAUUAAGAGUGAGCGCUGCUUAGCACCCGCUUCGAUUCAUUCGAAACACCCUGCGGACGUUGACAUUAGUCCAAUCCAGAUGAAUAUGCGACCCAGACAUGCGAGCCUACUUCCGGUGGAAAUACCGUUGUCCCCUGGAACGCGAGCUGAGUUGAAUCGACUCCCGCCGGUGUUUGGGCAUCUGUUCGCCUCCACGUUGCGGAUGAGCGAAGCUGCUCAAUGGUACAACCAGGCCAUGAUGUUACACUGUUUUGAAACACAUGAUUCGUCUUUCGCAUUGGCACCGAAUUACUUCGCAGGAAAGACACGGCGCCCUCGAACAGCCUUCACCAGUCAGCAGCUAUUGGAACUGGAACAGCAGUUUCUAGCCAACAAGUACCUGUCUCGGCCAAAACGAUUCGAAGUGGCCACCUCACUGGGACUGACGGAGACGCAGCUCCGUGGUGCGGUUGACAUACUUUCUUUGUAUUCCGCAGUGCUCCAGUAUGGUUCACCAGAAACAAACACUAUUUCAUCAGGAGCAAUAUGUUAG